AUGAGGCCUGAACAAUCUACGAGAAGAUCGAAGUUCAAGAAAAUGGAAGAGGCUUUGCUGCCAAUUGCCAUUGAACAAAGACUUAAGCAAAAGGGCGAUCUUUAUAAAAGAAGUGAAAGAGUCUCUCUUCUAUGGAUCUUCACUGACAAAUUGCUUAUAUGGAUUGGACAAGAUCCUUCGAUCUCUGUUGAGGCUGGGAAAUACUCGAUUUGGCUCAUUUCAUCUCUUUUUCCCUAUGCAAUUCUGCAGUCGCUUAAUUGCUAUUUCCAGACCCAAAGUUUAAUCCUUCCGAUGCUAUGGAGCUCAGUAGUGUCGCUAUGCCUUAAUUUACCUCUCAGUUGGGCUUUGAUAUUCAAAUUUAAGUUAGGGACCAGUGGUGUAGCUAUGGCAAUUGGUUUGUCAUAUUCGUUGAACGUGAUCUUGCUUGUGCUUUAUCUGAAGUCUUCAUUAACCUGUCAAAAGACGCGUCCCUUUUUCUCAAAGGAUGUUUUUAUUAUUAUGCCGCAGUUCUUCCAAUUUGCCAUCCCAUCUGCAGGAAUGGUUUGUUUGAGAUGGUGGGCAGUUGAGCUAAUUACGUUGACGUGUGGAUUGCUACCAAAUCCACAACUAGGGACUUCUGUUCUAUCUAUUUGCUGUGCAACUCUACAAUCUUUAAACUUCCCAUUUUGA